AAUAUAUGUGAUGAACUGGCAAAGCAAGCUUUAUUUUAAGUUUCUCUUGCAUCACUCUCCUGCUUCUUUACUUUGAUUAUAUUAUUGUACAUUAUAUAAAAGGGUCACAUAGAGAGAUUCAUAUUUAUUUAAUACACAUGCAUAUGGACCUAAAUUUCCUUGCUGCUGCUGCCUGUCUUCCUCUUAUUUCCAUAACAUAAAUUUCUUCUUUACAUAAAUCUCUCCAAAGCUUUAGAUCUUUCCUCUCGAAAUCCGGAACCCAUUUUUUUCUUUUGCAGUUUUCGAUAUAUACAAUGAGAGACAUUGUUUCUUGUUUCAGUGAGAACGCAGUAAAUGUUUCACAUUCUUCAUGUUCCAGCUAUUCGAGCAAUGCUUGCAUCGCUCCAAGCCUAGCCCCAUCAGUCCAAAAUGCAGUCACGGGUGUUUACAGGCUCAUUCUUUCAACCCAGAAGCAGCUUUUGAUCCGAGUCACUUGGUGCAAGAACCAAACCGGUCAAGGCCUAAGUAUUAACAUCGGUGAUGACCCUUCAACAUCUUUCAAGCUCAACACCAACUUGAGGUUCUUCAGGAAGAAGAAAGGCAACAAAGUGAUCGAAUCCGAUCAUUCCAAGAUCGAAGUCUUUUGGGAUCUUUCCACUGCUAAGUAUGAUACGGGACCCGAACCUGUUGAUGGGUUCUAUGUUUUAGUCAUGGCUGAUUCCGAGAUAGGCCUUGUUUUAGGCGAUAUGGCUGAAGAAACGGUCACCAAGAAGUUCAAAAAUGCAACCCCAGGUGCUAAAGUCUCCCUCAUUUCCAGGCAAGAACAUUGUUCUGGCACUACGCUGUAUUUCACCAAGGCUCAAUUCUGUGAUACAGGCAUUUUACAUGAUAUUCUAAUCAGAUGCAGUGGUGAACAUGAAGGCCUAAAGCACCCGGUUUUAUCGGUUUGUAUCGAUAAGAAGACGGUGAUUCGAGUAAAGAGGCUGCAAUGGAAUUUUAGAGGAAACCAGACGAUAUUUGUUGACGGAUUGUUAGUUGAUCUGAUGUGGGAUGCCUAUGACUGGUUCUUCAAUCCUGUUACUGGUUCAGCUGUGUUCUUAUUUAGGACAAGGAGUGGUUUGGAUAGCCGGCUUUGGUUGGAGGAGAAGUUGGUGCAGAAAGACCAAGACAGAGUUGAAUUCUCCUUGUUGAUUCAUGCCUGUAAGAACACAUAAAGAAACGGAUCACUUUGUUCAUGUUUGUUUAUUUUGUUUUAGAUUUUCAGUUUUUUUGUCCAAAUUUCUUCCUUUUUCAUCUCAAUUUUUUCCCCCUUUCCUUGAAAGGAAUAGAUACUUGAAUUCUUUGAUCACAAGAGAAAAGAAAAUAACUUGAGCUGCAGAA